AUGAGUUACUUCCUGUCUUAUUGCAAAGCUCAUGGCGGCGCGCUGCUCACCGGCUACCAGGCCCUGCGCGCCGAGGGCUUCCUGUGCGACGUGACGCUGGAGGUCGAGGGUAGCGAGUUCCCGGCGCACAGGUCGCUCCUGGCUUGCUCCAGUGACUACUUCAGAGCCCUGUUCAAGAGUCACACCCGGGAAUCACGGGCGCGCGUGAUCCACCUGCGCGUGCCGUCGGCGGCCGGCCUGCAGCGCCUGCUGGAUUUCAUCUACACUGCCUGGUUGCCGCUCUCCAUGGACUCUGUGGAGGAGACGCUGGAGGCUGCCAGCUACCUGCAGGUCACCGAAGCCCUGGGGCUGUGCGGCCGCUACCUGGAGCGCCAGCUGGCCCCAGACACCUGCUGCUUCGCCGCGAAUGUGGCGGCGCGCUUCGGCCUGGCGCACACUUUGGACGCGGCCGAGCGCUGCAUCGUGCGCCACCUGCGGGAGCUGUUGGCACGGGGAGCGGGCCCCAUGGGGCUGCUGGAGCUCAACCCCGCGUCGCUGAAGGCCGUACUGGGUGCCCCCGACGUAGCGAGGGUACCCGAGGUCCAGCUGCUGGGCCUAGCGCUGGCUUGGCUACGGCAGGAGCCAGCAGACCAGCGCCUAGCACACUGCUCCACGCUACUCGAGCGCGUGCGCUUCGGUCUGGUGCCCGCCGACGUGCUGCGGCGCGUGUACUCUGGCUCCGGCCUCACUCUGCCCGCGCGGGUCAAGAGCCUUAUCAUCCAGGCCCUUAACUACCACACGGCGCCCUCCCGUCAGCCGCUCAUGCAAGGCGAGCAGACCAGCGUCCGGAGCCCACAAACCCGCAUUUUAUUGGUUGGGGGCCGCAGGGGGCAGGAGGUGGUGACCGAG